AUGAGUGCAACACCAAUAAUUGAAACUAUUCGCCUUGAAAAGGUAGAAGAAGAAACAAAAAUGAUAUGUUUUUCAAGAAGACAAAAUUGUUGUGGAGCUUUUCAAAAAGAAAAUAUAAAUGAAGAUAAAUUUGAAAUAGGAAAAGGAAAUAAAAUAUGUGGACCAAGUGAUGCAAAAGCAAUUAUUGAAUUAAUUAAUAACCAAAUAAUUAUGACAAAGAAAAAAGGUUGUUUAAAAGAUAUUUCAAAGAAAUUAAAAGAAGGAGAAAAUUAUACAAUUGGUGAGAAUAUAAUUUUUGAAUUUUUUGUGAUCACAAAAGAAACCUUUAAUAAAGGAAUUGAAAUAAAUAAGAGAUAUGUGUUUGAUAAAGAAAUAGGAAGUGGAAGUUUUAGUCAUGUUUAUUUAGCAAGAGAUAAAAUUGAUAAUCAACAACUCGUAAUAAAGACAUUAAAAAAAGAAAUUAUUAAUAAUCAAAUUUACUUUCAUCAAUUUGAACAAGAAAUUUCAAUAAUUAAAAAAAUUAAACAUCCUUUUAUUAUUUCAUAUUAUAAUGAUUAUAGUAUCAACAAUAAUAAAUUUCUUGUCUUAGAAUAUGCUCCUAAUACAUUAAUUUCUUAUUUAAAUAAACAAAAAUCAAAAGAAAAAAAAUAUACUGAUUUAUCUAUUUGUGAAAGAAUUUUUAAAGAAUUAUGUUGUGCUGUACAAUUUCUUCAAAAAGAAUUUAACUUAAUUCAUAGAGAUAUUAAAUGUGAAAAUAUUUUAAUAAAUGAAAAUGGUCAUUGUAAAUUAACAGAUUUUGGUUUAUGUAUAACUGUAAAUGAUUGGGAACAUGAAAAAAUUAAAAAAGGUGGAAUAGGAACUCCCGAAUAUCUUGCUCCUGAAGUAAGAACAACACCUGCUUAUUAUUCAUUUAAAAGUGAUUGUUGGAGUGUAGGUUGUGUAUUAUAUUGUUUAAUUACUGGUAAUUUUUAUAAAUUAUCAUACAACAAAACAAUAUUUGAUGAAAUUAAAACUUCUAAUUCGAAUUAUAAUAUGUUAACUGAAAAAGGAAAAAUGCUUUUAGAAGAAGAUUUAGAAAAAAGACCAACAAUGAUUAACUUUGUUAGUCAAUUUAGUUAUUUUAAUGAUACUGAACGAGAAUGUAUAAAAUAUAUUAAUUCUAUUAAUGAACAUCAAGAAUCUACUUCUGAAGCAUUAAAAUUAAAUAAAAAUAAAUCAAAUGAAUUUCCUAUUAAACGUUUAUCAUUUGAUAACGAUUCUUUAACUCCUCAAAAGAAAAAAAGAAUUAAAAAAAAUACUUCUUUUAAAAGUGGUGAUGUAAAAAUGACAGUUUUAUUUGGUCAAAAGAAAAAAUAA